AUGACCGAUGCACCGUUGGUGGACACGGCAGAAAUGGUGUACAUCUCCUCACUCGCGCUGCUGAAGAUGCUGAAGCACGGGCGGGCGGGUGUGCCUAUGGAAGUGAUGGGGCUGAUGCUGGGUGAGUUUGUUGACGACUACACGGUGCGUGUUGUGGACGUAUUCGCCAUGCCGCAGAGUGGUACGGGCGUGAGUGUUGAGGCUGUAGAUCCCGUGUUCCAGACAAAGAUGUUGGAUAUGCUGAGGCAGACCGGAAGACCGGAGAUGGUCGUGGGAUGGUACCAUUCCCAUCCAGGGUUUGGAUGCUGGCUGUCUGGAGUGGAUAUUAACACGCAACAGAGUUUUGAGGCUCUCAAUCAGCGCGCGGUGGCCGUGGUUGUAGACCCCAUUCAGUCCGUGAAGGGAAAGGUCGUUAUAGACGCCUUCAGAUUAAUAAACCCGCAGAUGAUUCUGAUGGGCCAGGAGCCUCGCCAGACCACAUCAAAUAUCGGCUAUCUCAACAAGCCCAGUAUCCAGUCGCUAGUACAUGGACUUAAUAGGCACUACUAUUCUAUCUCCAUCGCGUCGCGAAAGAACGAGCUAGAACAACAGAUGCUUAUGAACCUAAACAAAAAGACUUGGACGGAUGGCUUGGCCCUCACGUGUUAUGAAACGCACUCAGAGGAGAACGCCAAGACAGUCGAGCGUAUGCUUGAACUCGCGAAGAUGUACACCACCGCCGUAGAAGAGGAGGAUUCGCUCACAGAGGAGCAGAUGGCUGUGCGCAAUGUGGGUAAACAAGAUCCUAAGCGUCAUUUGGAAGAGCAGGUGUCCAUCCUCAUGACCAACAACAUUGGCCAAUGUUUGGGUGCGAUGACCAAUACAGUGGUAUUCGGCUGA